CGGAUUUUUUCAGUCUAGAAUUUGAUGAAUAUUGGAUGAGUUAAUAUUCAAUCGUACAAUAUGUUUCUAGCAAGGGUUAUCGUUCCGGCUUUAUUGUUUUUGAUAAAUGUAUCUGCAAUUCCUUUUUUCAAUCCAGAUUAUCAUGCUAAUGGAGACCCCAUUCAAUUUGAAUUGGUUCACUCCAGUCAUGCCGAAUUGUCUAGAUUCAAAAGAUCUAUAGAUGAAGAGUUUCCCGAUUUCCUACACUUCAAUCUUGAUGCCUUAAACACAACACUGCGCCUGAGAAAAAGUUUACGGCAAAAUUUACGGCUUCUAGAUUUGGUGGAAGGUUGUUUAACUGAAACCAAAGUUACACCAGCAAAGGAGACCAAUGUUUACGAAGAUCCAAGUAAUUCGGGAGACUUUAUGGUUAGAAGAUCCACCAAUGGCGAUUUCCACGUGGCCGGUACAUUUCUUCACGAAAAUAAACUAAGGAAAGUAACACCGGGAUCAAAGAAAAGCAGAUCCCGUCGAAAUGUUUUACACAUUGUCUCCACUAUUGAUUUUCCUAUUAACUUUGGAAAUGAUGCAAUUACCAAAAUACAAGCCCAAUUUAUUCAAAGCCAAUUUCCCACAUUACAGCAUCCAAAUGAAAAAUUAGUUCCCGAAGCUUUAGAAGUGGACAAUAGAAUCCGAGAAGUAAAUGUCGACCAGCUUGGAACUGACCAUAUUGUCGAAAUAUUUGUACUCACAGAUUAUUCUGAUUAUCAAAGCUUUUUAAAGGAAGCGGGUACAUCUCGUCAAGCAAAAUCAGACAUGUUAGUCUACUAUACAUUUAUUGAACAAACUAUGAAUCGGUACUACGAGUCAGUUAAUAAAGUGGACAAUUCGUUCAAUAUUAUAGUUCGUUUUGUUUCAAUUUAUGUACCAGAUACAAGUAGCAAGGCACCAUACAGUGAAGAUGUUGUUCAAAAUGGCGCCGUAGAGUUGUCGCCCAUUAUUCAGAGUUAUAGAAAUUAUUUCAAGAAUACACAAGGUGUUCCUCAAGUUGAUCAUUGGAUGGGCUUUACUGGAUAUGAUAUGGUUAAUCAAGGGAGCUCGGGAGUUAUAGGUGUGGCGUAUAUUGGAGGAUUGUGUAGUAAGGAUUUACAAGUCUCCGUAAGUGAAAACAAGAUAACAGGUCUCUCUGGAUUGAUUGUUGCUCAUGAACUUGGUCACAAUUUAAAUUCUGAACACGAUUCCAGUCAAUGUAAUGAUAAUCAUAUCAUGGCACCAUCGGUAGUUUACCCACAGACUCAGUCUGAUACCAACCCCUACUACUUCUCAUCAUGUUCAGUUCAAGCUUUUAAAGAUUAUAUUUCAUCAGCCAGUGGAAGUUGUACAAAAACAAUAGAGGAUGCUGGUUAUACGUCAUACACUGAAAAACAUUUAGGACAAAUUUAUAAAGCUGAUAAACAAUGCGAGUACACGAGAACCAGUGGCUCGAGGUUUUGCAGAACUGGUUUCAAGUAUGGGUCAGGAUUCGAUAAUAUGUGUUGGAAUUUCCAAUGCCAAGCACCUGGUGCCAGUUCCUGUUUUGACGUCAGAAUAAUGGAUUUCACUACAUGUGGAAACGGAAAGUGGUGCCUACAGGGAAAAUGUGUGGCUUCAAGUCUGGCUCCAGCUGUUUUAGAAAAUUGUCCACAAGGCGAUGAUCCUAUUGAAACAUGUGAAAGAGCAAACUGUGCAUCUUACAGUUCAGACAAGCGAACGUUUUCCUGUUGUGCUACCUGUAGUGCCCAAGUGGUUAGUGCAGCAACAAGCGCCACUACGUCCCCAACUAUUUCGACAACCACGCCACCUACUACAUCACCAACUACGUCACCUACUAUCUCACCAACGACGCCACCUACUGCAUCACCAACCACGCCACCUACUAUCUCACAAACUACGCCACCUACUAUAUCACCAACUACACAACCUAUUGCAUCACCAACUACGCCACCUACUAUAUCACCAAUUACACAACCUAUUGCAUCACCUACUACGCCACCUACUACAUCACCAACUACACAAACUAUUGCAUCCUCAACUACACCACUUACUGCAUCACCAACAAUUUCAAGGACUACGCCGCCAACUUUCUCAUCAACUACACCACUUACUGCAUCACCAACUACGCCUCCUACUACAUCAGCAACAAUUCCACCGGUCGUAUCUGAAUCACAAGACGUCACAGCGGCUCUCGGAGUAGUUCGAUACGUUAACUUUAUCUGUACAUGAGCACGUUUUUUUUAACUGGAUCACUUGUAAAUUAGAACUUCUUUUUUAAUUUAUUUUUUUUCUUAAUAUUAUAGAUUAAUAAUGAUGAUAAAUUAUAUAAUAUAUGAUUGGUAUU